GGUUCCCGUUCCCGUUCCCGCCCCCGCCGGGGCUCCGCUGCCCGGGCCGCUCCGGGGGCGAGGCGGGGGCCGGGCCGGGCGGGCAGAGGCGGUUCGCGGCUGCGCUGCUCCGGGUCGAGGCGCCAUGCCGUUCCUGGAGCUGGAGACCAGCCUGCCGGCCGGCCGGCUGCCGCCGGGGCUGGCCCAGGAGCUGUGCGCCGCCGCCGCCGACAUCUUGGGCAAACCGGCCGAGCGGGUGAACGUGACGGUGCGGAGCGGGCUGCCCAUGGUGCUGGCGGGCUCGGCCGAACCCUGCGCCCAGCUAUUCGUCUCCUCCAUCGGCGUGGUGGGCUCGGCGGAGCAGAACCAGCGGCACAGCGCACGCUUCUUUGACGUCCUGACGGCGAAGCUGGGCCUCGGCCCCGAGCGAACCCCGUGGGAAUUGGUGGAGCUUCGCUGUGGGGUCACCAUGCCAAAUGCUGGAACAGGGCUGUUCCUGAAGGAUUGUCAUCCGCUUUUACCCACUGGAGCCCUGGCAGAUUGGCAAGAACAGAACAGUCAUGACGUUCCUGUGAUCCCUUGAGCGGCCAGUUGGAACAAAGCAAUGAUGAAGACGACCCAGAGAUGACCAGCUCCGUCUAUCUACUUGUUUCCUCUUAUGAUCAAAUCUGUGUAGCUCUGCACCUUCACCUGUACGAUUCACUUUUGUCUUUUCAUCCCGUGCACACCAAGCUGAAGAGUGGGGCAAUCAGCUAUACUGAUUUUACUAAAAUAGUUCAAGGUCUUUGUCUCAAGCCUGUCUCAUAGCCCAAAGGCUCUCCCGGUGCCUAUGGCUAAGCCAUUGCAGUCUGGUAAAUGGCCAUAUGUGGGUCUAGAAAAAGCUCUCAUAGCAGUGAAAAGUUUAAUUCCAGAACAUAUUUGGCUUUAUUGAGGACCAGAGAGGUUCUUGGGUUCAUCCAGAUUGCCUCGUACUUUGCAAGGCAGAAAGAUGCUCUCUGUGGCAGCAGAAGGGUCCCAGGCUGGCUAAGUCAAAUUCUUCUCUUUUCAGGCUCCCUAAGAGGCCUUUCUGGAAAGGGAUGUGAUUAUCGGAAGGGAAGUUUAUGCAUUUAUAUAAUUUUUUAUUUAAGGCUUAUGUCAGAUCUUGUGCUCUGUGCUCUACCAUUGCCACCCCUGGUGGCUGCUCCUACAAACUUUUAUUUGUCUGCAAGAUUUUCACAGCUGAAUGUUUGUGUGCUGAUGGCAGCGUGUAGAGGAGGGAGUUGCUUGUGAAGAAUUGCGCUGUGCCACAGGAAAAUAUUUUGAAGAUUCUGCUACUGCCAGCUUUAAUUCCUGUUAUCUGCCCAAUUGUUCAAAAUACUUUUCCUCACCCUGCUGUUACAGGGAGUUUUGGGACGACAGAGCAUCUCACUGUGUUCUGUGGCUGGUGUUUUCAGCUCACUGUCCCUGCAGAGAAGUGUUUUGGGUUUUUAGGACCCAUAUACUCCCUUGCUUUAUAACUGGAAUACACAUGGCAUUUUAUUAAAACAGAAGCACGGUACUUUUUAUGUGUAAUGUCAUCUUUGCCUUCCACUGGUAAUGAAAACAUUUAUCAGUUUCCUUUCCACUUUGUGACUUGGUCAGGUUGCAGACAGGGAGCCCAGAGGAACUGAGAGCAUGCCUUUGGGACAUGGGAAUGCAAGGCUGAAGGGUGCUUCUGCGCUCCUUUGUCAUUCUGAUUGGAGUUUUAUUUGAUUAUGACUUGAGGUCUCAAGAUAGUUGAAAAUAUUCCUUCUAAUUACCAUUUGAAGUUGGUUGUUCCCUGUGCAGCAUAAACAUCUUCUAUGUUUGCAAAAUCUGUCAGGAAUAUAAUACCAAACACAAAUUCAUGUAUCAGGCUGGGGGGACUACACCUUAUCUGGUUAAUAAAAUGUAUCAAAGCC